GCAGGAGGGACGGGGCCGCGGGAGGCUCGGAGUCACCUCACGCCACUCGCUCCAAGCCUUCCUCGGGAGACUACGUUACUGUCACGCUGCUUCUGUGAGUCACGUGAGCUGCGGUGUCUCUAAUUCGCUCCUGCCGGUUCAGGUGUGGCGAGUGUGGACGUGAGUGACUAGUGCUAAGUGUGAGGUGACGCCCUGCAGUGCCGCGCCCCUGGGAAUGUGCCCCCACGCUGGACUGUCGAGGUGUGGCCUGACCAACAGCUAUCACUUCAGGUCAUAACGCAGAGAAGCGCCGCCGCCUCUCGAGGUCUCUCCCUUGCCUCCCCGCGAGCGGUGAGGAGAGACCACCGCCAGGGAAAGUAAAGUCGUUAAGGGACUUACAUCACCGGCAAGCUGCUCAGGGCCGCCCUCAGGGGAGCGCACAAGACAGCGCCCCCAGAUAUGGAUGUGUGUGAGCUGGGAGGAACGUGGGGGCGGCACAUGGUCCCGCCCUUCUCGUGCGAUGACGUGGGCGUGGAUCGCAAGCCUUUCGAGAGCACCAUGCCCUUGCCCGACUCCAGCCACGCCGUCCAGCAGCUGCACGCCCUCCUGCCCACCAGGCCUGAUGUGGCUUUCCUCAGAACGGACCCUGCUUUCUUGAUGCGCUUCCUUCGAGCCAGGAAGUUCAGAGUGGGAGACGCCUUCCUGCUGCUGUGCCACUAUUUUGAGUACCGCCAGCGCCACAGAGAUCUUUUCCGGGGCCUCAACGUGGGCGGCGAGUGUGACGGCAAGGGUGAAACAGCCAUCCAGACAGCCCUUCUAGACGGGCUGCCAGGAGUACUGGCUGAGCGGGACCCCUGUGGAAGGCCCGUUAUAGUCCUCCUUGCCUCCAAUUGGGACCACACAAAGUAUGACGUGAGAACAGUGUACCAGGCAGUACUGCUGACCCUGGAGAGGCUGGUGGAGGAUGAGGCAGUGCAGUCCAAUGGAGUGGUAGCCAUCCUCGACUGGUCCAACUUUCCAGCCAGACUAACCACCAGUUUAUCACCAAAACUUCUCAGGCUCAUGCUGGAUGGACUGCAGGAUGCUUUCCCACUGCGUCUGGGAGCCCUGCACCUCAUCAACCAGCCCUGGUAUGUGGAAGCAGCCCUGGGUCUUGCUCGUCCAUUCCUCAAGGAGAAACUGCGCUCAAGGAUACAUGUUCAUGGGAAUAAUUUAGCAAGAUUGCAUGCCCAAGUGCCACCAAGGCUCCUGCCUGCUGAGCUCGGAGGAGAGGGAGGAGAGUACCAUGCACUCACCUGGGCCUCCACCAUGCUUAACUACACACCUGCUCAGCAAACCACUGAAAAGACUACACCAGCCUCCCCAACCACUCCUACACCAGAGCCUCCAAAAGCUGUGCAGAGUACAGAUGUCAAAACUACUACAGUCAAUGCAAAGACUAACUCUUCCCUCCUAGAUACCACAGAAUGCUCACCCAACACAGCAGCAGACUCCCAGAGCACCCCUCUGGUGACCAAAAGUGAAAGUACUGUUGAGCCAAGUAAAAGUUUUACCUCAAUGUUGUUUGGGUUGAGUGACUCUAACAGUGCCACCAAAAAUGGUAAUGUUAGUGAGGGAGAAGAUACCUCAUUGAAGUCUCAUUAGAGAUACAGUUAUCAAAGCAAGAUGUAUAAUGGAAAUCAAUUUGAUACAAGACUCUCAUUUUACAUACAUUGAAAAGCUUUCACCAAGAGUUUUGCUUUAAAAGCUGCAGUAUCAGCUUAUGUUCUAGAUUGCAUGUGGUGCCGGUGAAAGUUUGACAUAAUGAACAUUUGUGUACUUUGUUCUUCCUGAACCAUAUAUAUAUAUAUAUAUAUAUAUAUAUAUAUAUAUAUAUAUAUAUAUAUAUAUAUAUAUAUAUAUAUAUAUAUAUAUAUAUAUAUAUAUAUAUAUACAAUACUUUCACUUGGAAGUUAUUUAUUUCUCCAGUGCACAAGAUGUUUUUGUGUGUUAUUACCUAUGUGCUUACUCCUGAAAAUCCAUUUAUUUUUUAUAAGAAUUUUCUGGCAAAUGCUAAUGUUUACAUGAACUACAACACUCUUGCAUGGAGCCUUCACUGUAAUGUUAAACUGUUCUAGUCUUUUGUAUGUACUGAGAAUUCAUGACAAUAUGAUGGUAAGGCAUUGCCCUCAAGGGAGAAUUGUGAUGACCCCGUCAAGGUUAUCUCUUAGUGGUAACAUCGUGUAAACUGACCGGAGAUUCACCCAAAAGAAUCCUUUCUACAUCAUAUGUUAUCAUUUUCUUUAAUUUUGAUAUGUGGAAUAAUUACAUAAUCAAAAUGUAGUAUUCUGACAUGACCUAUAUUGAGCUAAAAAAGAUUAGAAGAAAAUUGGAUUGAAAUUCUAUAAUUCAGUCAAUAUGGGCUACAAAAGUACUGCACAAGUGUAAACUUCACUUUAUUGUAAUUUCUCUCUCUCUCUCUCUCUCUCUCUCUCUCUCUCUCUCUCUCUCUCUCUCUCUCUCUCUCUCUCUCUCUCUCUCUCUCUCUCUCUCUCUCUCUCUCUCUCUCUCUCUCUCUCUCUCUCUCUCUCUCUCUCUCUGUGUGUGUGUGUGUGUGUGUGUCAGAGAAAUAAAGGAAUUAAAGCUCUCCAUUUGUGGUCAGUUAUGAACUAAUCAUAUCAAUACAACCAUUUGUACACAAAAUAUCUCAGUCAUAUUUUGGCCCAACUAUUGUUUUCAUAUACUUAUUCAUAACUUAUUACUAGUCAAGUGUUCCCCAAGAAAAUAUUUGAGAUUUCCUCCUUAUAGCCUAUGAUUUCUCUUUGUAUCUGUUUGUUUGGCAACAUAUCAGAAAGGUUUCUUCAGAUCCACCUGUCCCAUCACAGUGGCAGGUGAUGGUCUCAGGUGCUCAUCCCAUCCACAGGCAUUUCAGUUUGUCAUAUCCAAGAGUACGAAUUUCAUAACAACGGUUAUGCAUUUUAUUCUGGUCUUUAUGAUUAAGAAAAUUCCUUAAUACUUUUUUUUUGCAGAGCAUCAAUAACUUACAUUCAAUACAAUAUAAAAUUAGAAGAUAUGAAUGUAUUCAGUGAUGCCAAGGAUAACUUUUGUUUACCAUUAUUCAAGCUGCUGUACUGCAGGCAUAGGCACACAUUGUACUCCAGAGUUUGAUAAAUGUAUGUACUGCAGUGUUUGUAUAACUAUUUCUAUUUUAAGCAAGCAAAUGUGACUUCUUCCUGUACAAGAUUGAAAUCAAAUUAUGAUGAUUACUUGUAUGUGGUUUAUGUCAUGAUUUCAGCCAGACCUUGAAGAAACCUAUUCACAAGAUGUAUAAAGGCUUUUAAGUGAUGGGCUUUGAAAAAUGCCAGUGUAGGCAAGUAAACAGUAAACAAAUGUUAAUUAUGAUUUUCAGUAUACAUGUGUAUAAUUUUUACUAGGCAAUAAACUUUUAUAUAAAAUA